GUUGGCUUGCUGGACCUGGAGUUGAAUCAACUGACUAAAGCCCUGUUUUUGGCUUUAGUUGCACUAUCCGUCGUUAUGGUAACCCUGCAAGGAUUUGUAGGGCCAUGGUAUCGCAACCUUUUCCGGUUCCUCCUCCUGUUUUCCUAUAUCAUCCCCAUCAGUUUACGUGUGAACUUGGACAUGGGUAAAGCAGCCUACGGGUGGAUGAUCAUGAAGGAUGACAAUAUUCCUGGAACAGUUGUUCGAACUAGCACCAUACCAGAAGAGCUGGGACGAUUAGUUUAUUUGCUAACGGAUAAAACAGGAACGCUUACGCAGAAUGAGAUGAUAUUCAAGCGCCUCCACCUAGGUACGGUGUCCUAUGGAACAGACACAAUGGAUGAAAUUCAGAGUCAUAUUAUAAACUCCUAUUCACAGGUGCACUCGCAGAGCAGUGGCAACAGUACAAGCUCGACACCGUCUCGGAAACCUCAGUCGGCUGCGCCCAAAGUCCGCAAGAGCGUGAGCAGCCGGAUACACGAGGCGGUGAAGGCCAUCGCCCUGUGCCACAACGUCACUCCCGUGUACGAGUCCCGGGCUGGUGUGUCUGGAGAAACAGAAUAUGCAGAGGUGGAUCAGGACUUCAGCGAUGAAAAUCGAACUUACCAGGCUUCCAGCCCCGAUGAGGUAGCCCUGGUGCAGUGGACUGCGAGUGUGGGUCUCACCCUGGUGAGCAGGGAUCUGACCUCGGUGCAGCUGAAGACCCCCGGCGGCCACAUCCUCACCUACUAUAUCCUGCAGAUCUUCCCCUUCACUUCCGAGAGCAAGCGCAUGGGGAUCAUAGUCAGGGAUGAAUCUUCAGGAGAAAUUACAUUUUACAUGAAGGGUGCAGAUGUUGCAAUGUCCACAAUUGUGCAGUACAAUGAUUGGUUAGAAGAAGAGUGUGGUAACAUGGCACGAGAAGGACUGCGUACGCUGGUUGUUGCCAAAAAGUCACUAACUGAAGAACAGUAUCAGGAUUUUGAGAGUCGCUAUAACCAGGCGAAGUUAAGCAUACACGAUAGAAACCUGAAGGUUGCUGCUGUCGUAGAGAGUUUGGAGCGAGAAAUGGAGUUGCUGUGUCUCACUGGAGUAGAAGAUCAGUUGCAAGCAGAUGUUAGACCGACUCUAGAGAUGCUAAGAAAUGCUGGAAUAAAGAUAUGGAUGUUAACAGGAGAUAAACUGGAGACAGCGACUUGCAUUGCAAAAAGUUCUCACUUAGUGUCUAGGACUCAAGAUAUUCACAUUUUCAGACCUGUUACCACUCGAGGAGAAGCUCACUUAGAACUCAACGCCUUCAGGAGGAAGCAUGACUGUGCCUUGGUGAUAUCUGGGGACUCGCUUGAGGUUUGUCUGAAGUAUUAUGAGCAUGAAUUUGUAGAGUUGGCUUGUCAGUGUCCGGCUGUCGUGUGCUGCCGAUGUUCUCCCACCCAAAAAGCUCAUAUUGUGAAACUGUUACAGCACCACACCGGGAAACGCACGUGUGCGAUAGGUGAUGGAGGAAAUGAUGUCAGCAUGAUCCAGGCAGCCGACUGUGGAAUUGGAAUUGAAGGCAAGGAGGGAAAGCAAGCUUCCCUAGCCGCUGACUUUUCCAUCACACAGUUCAAACACAUAGGGAGGCUGCUGAUGGUACAUGGUCGAAACAGUUACAAAAGAUCAGCAGCGCUUGGUCAAUUUGUCAUGCACCGAGGCCUUAUUAUUUCAACUAUGCAGGCUGUAUUUUCAUCAGUCUUCUAUUUUGCAUCUGUUCCCUUGUACCAAGGAUUCCUAAUGGUAGGGUAUGCAACCAUCUAUACUAUGUUUCCAGUCUUCUCUCUCGUAUUGGAUCAGGAUGUGAAGCCAGAAAUGGCAUUGCUGUACCCAGAGCUUUAUAAGGAUCUCACAAAGGGAAGAUCUUUGUCAUUUAAGACCUUCCUCAUCUGGGUUUUAAUCAGUAUCUACCAAGGUGGGAUUCUGAUGUACGGAGCCCUGCUGCUUUUUGAAUCCGAGUUCGUGCAUGUCGUUGCCAUUUCCUUCACUGCCCUCAUCUUGACGGAGCUCUUGAUGGUUGCCCUGACCAUACGGACGUGGCACUGGUUGAUGGUGGUGGCUGAAUUCCUCAGUCUUGGCUGCUAUGUGGCCUCUCUUGCAUUUCUAAAUGAAUACUUUGGUAUAGGCAGAGUGUCUUUUGGAGCUUUCUUAGAUGUUGCCUUUAUCACAACUGUGACCUUCCUGUGGAAAGUGUCAGCAAUCACUGUCGUAAGCUGUCUUCCACUUUACAUUCUCAAGUACUUGAAGCGCAAAUUCUCUCCUCCGAGUUACUCCAAGCUUACCUCGUAAAAGUAACCCCGUUCCUGCGGUUCUUUCACUCGCACCAGUCUGCACAUUGCACAUUCACUGUGCUUUAAUGUCUAUGGAUUCAUGUUGGACUGAAGAAACUCAAAUCCAAAAUCAAAAGUGAUAGCGUGAACAGAGCACAAAGGAGGAGGAACCAUCUGACAGGUACAAUAACACAGAAGUACACUAACAAGACUAUCAGAGAGAAACUAAAUUUUCUUCAUGUCGAGAUUAUUAUUUUUUUUUUUUACUUUUGGUUGCUAUGAUAAUAAAAUAAAACUGAAUGACCUUUGAUUUGACAGUGCUUCUGAAUGGUUUCAUUGCUGCUGUAAGAGAAUUUUUGCUACUGUAAAGGAUUUUUUUUCCUACUGUACUAAUCUGCAAGUUGAAACUUUUGUUAUUUAUUACAUGACUUCCAUUCUUUAAUUAUGACAGAACUUCUGAAUUCAAGUCC